ACACGUUGUAGCCGGCGGGAUUUUAAAGAACAGUUCCGCUUCCGGGGCCGCCGGAAGCAGUUUUGCGAUGGCAACUUCUGCGGAGGCGCCUGCGAAAGAAGCUCAAAAACGUGACUCUCAGCCGCAGAAACAGAAGCGUGAGACCCAAGAUGAGGCGGAGCUCCUCACUGUCCCUGAUGGUUGGAAGGAACCAGCUUUUUCUAAAGAGGACAAUCCCAGAGGACUCUUGGAGGAGAGCAGCUUCGCAACCUUGUUCCCGAAAUACCGAGAGGCUUACCUGAAGGAGUGCUGGCCGCUGGUGCAGAAGGCCUUGAAUGAGCAUCAUGUUAAAGCAACGCUGGACUUGAUCGAGGGUAGCAUGACUGUUUGUACAACAAAGAAGACGUUUGACCCUUACAUCAUCAUUAGGGCCCGAGACCUAAUAAAGCUCUUGGCCAGGAGCGUUUCCUUUGAACAGGCAGUACGGAUACUUCAGGAUGAUGUUGCGUGUGACAUCAUUAAAAUCGGCUCUCUAGUGAGAAAUAAAGAGAGAUUUGUGAAGAGAAGACAGCGGCUUAUUGGUCCCAAAGGAUCCACCUUGAAGGCACUGGAGCUCCUGACAAACUGUUACGUCAUGGUUCAGGGGAACACGGUCUCAGCCAUCGGACCUUUCAGUGGCCUCAAAGAGGUUCGAAAAGUAGUCCUUGAUACCAUGAAGAAUAUCCAUCCAAUUUAUAACAUUAAAACCUUGAUGAUUAAACGGGAGUUGGCAAAAGAUUCUGAGUUACGAUCACAAAGUUGGGAAAGAUUUUUGCCACAGUUCAAGCACAAAAAUGUGAAUAAGCGCAAGGAACCAAAGAAGAAGAGCAUCAAGAAGGAGUACACGCCCUUCCCGCCCCCACAGCCCGAGAGUCAGAUUGAUAAAGAAUUGGCCAGUGGUGAAUACUUUCUGAAGGCGAAUCAGAAGAAGCGGCAGAAAAUGGAAGCAAUAAAGGCUAAGCAAGCAGAAGCUCUUACAAAGAGGCAGGAAGAACGAAACAAAGCGUUUAUUCCGCCUAAGGAAAAGCCAGCUGUGAAGCCAAAGGAAGCUUCUACCGAAACGAAGAUUGAUGUGGCUGCUAUCAAGGAAAAGGUUAAGAAAGCAAAGACGAAGAAACUGGGCGCUCUUACAGCGGAGGAAGUUAAGCUCAAGAUGGAGGCUGACGAAAAGAAGCAGAAGAGAAAAAAGUAGCAUUGGGAAAAAAUCCCAAACUUUCUAAGGUGUUUCCUUUUGUAAAGGAUUUUGAGAUGGGAAGGCUUUAGCUGAGUCAAACUCAGGAAAUCAUGACCAGUUUACUUCUGUUUGUGGACGUAUGCUCUGUAAAUAUAAAUACGUAGGAGGUAGAUACCUACGUAUACAUUGUGCCCAACUGGUUCCAGGCAAGUUUUGCCUAGAUGUUUUAGGAAUACCUGUUAUUUUAAAUUAUAUAGAUUUUUGGAAUGAGUCAUCAAAUCCAAUGUUUGUUGCCAUUGGUUGGUCUUCAUAAUCUCAGAACAUUUGGUUUUGAGGAAAAUACAUGCAAAUUUUCCACUUAAUUUAUUAUUUUACCCCAGGAUUAAAAAAACAACAACAGAAAAUCCAAGGCCUCUAAAUCAAAUCUGUCACUGUUCUGAGUGAGGUACCAGGAAAUAUAUAUGGGUAUCAUACCCUGCAUGUAAGCAUGUGGGCCCCUUCUCCCACUGAAGCCAGAGCAGGGCAUAGAAUCCACUGGAGCUAGAGGUGUAGGUGGUAGUGAGACAGUGUGGGGACUGGAAAUCAGACACUGGGCUUUGCAAGAGCAGCAAGAAUUCUUGAGGGCAAUUGGAUUUAGAAUUAUCAACAUGAGUAUUACAGAUCUGGAAAUGUGAGAUUUCCUGGGUGUGCGUCACUCGCUGCAGUCCUGGCUAUGGCAACCUGGUCAGUCUGUAUUCGUAAUGCCGGAAGACAAGUUAACUCUGUAGACUUAGAAGAAGUUCUUUUGACUGAGAUUUUAUUGAAAAGUUUUUAAAUAGCCACAUGUGAAUCAGUUGUCCUCCAACCACGGCUUUAGUCCAAAAGAACCAAGUUAGGAUAUUUGUGCUUUACCCAAAUGGUAAUUAUAACAGACAGUAAUAGAAGAACCGACUUAGCAAUGAGAAAGAGAGAUGUGUAUCUGUUACGUAGAUAUAUAGGCCAGUCCGGAUAAUCGACAGAGUAGUAACCUGUGAAACGAAGAAGAGCGUGCUCAGUUUCCCGUGCUGUGCUAGCCCAGCCUACAUAGUGCCCCGGGAACACAGCUUAAGGUUUGCAUACAUACGUGAGACCUCGUCUCGUCGUGGGUUAACUGUAAAACCAGAAUUAAGAAAAAGUUAGGUGUAGGGGAAGCUAUGUUUCUAAUUCUUUACAACUGUGACCUUGAUUUGGCUUUAAGUACAAUGAUUUUCAAAGAUCAGUUUUGGCUGCAGUAUCAAUAUGAUAUUUUUCAGUCUUUUUAUAUGAACUUGAUAUGUAAAUUUUUGUACAAAAGAAAUACUACCAGGAUGAUUGAAAAAAUCAUGCCACAACUACCAGAUGAAUCUGGUUUUGAGCUAUGGUUGAAACUAAAGAUUAAAAUAUGAUUUGUAAAUAA